AUGGAGAUGAACUCAGAGUACGAGGAUGAUGUUUUUUAUGUAGAGAUUAAGAGACAGAUUCUGUUGUUGACAUCCGAAGAUAAUGAAGAUUUUGUUGAAACUAGAAGUGUUAAUGUUGCUAAUGAUGGUUCAAAUUAUAGCUUUAGUAACAGUUUAACGACACCGACAAGAAAAUUUUAUUUGUGGGAAACAGAAUCGCCGCCGAUUUGGUUAGUGAAUUUGUGGAGGAAUGGUAAAGGUACCGGAGUGUUCAUUCCUCAAGUUUCAUGCAGAGAAAAUCAUAAACCAGAGAGAAUGAACAAUAGGAGGAGGAGGAAAACCUAUAGACAAGUGGUGAAUAAGAAAUGA